AUGCUGGACCGAGAGGAGGAUAUCCUGGAAUCACAACGGAUCAGGAGAGUGCUGUUAACAGGACUAAUCAACUUGACAAUAAGGACAAACUAUUUGACAUUCAACGGGAACAUCUAUGAACAAAUAUUUGGACUUCCAAUGGGAUCGCCGCUCUCACCACUUUUGGCGAACGCAUACCAGAAGGAAAUAGAAGAGAACUUCAAAAGGACACCGCUACAACCGGCAGUGCUCAUGCGGUACCUGGAUGAUUACUUCGCAUUUUGGUCACAUGGAAGAGAAAAACUGGAAGAGUUUCUGAAUUUUGUAAACCAGAUUAAUGAAAAAAUUAAAUUCGCGAUGAAAGCAGAGGAAGGUGAGUGGUUACCAUUUCUGGAUGUUGAAGUGAUUCGCUCUAAUGGGACGCUCAAAAACAAAUUUUUCAAAAAGAAGUCUUAUGCUGGGAUAAUACUCAAUUUCCGGUCCCAUCACAAUUACAGGCUAAAGUUGGAAAUAAUGAGCAUGAUCAUCCGAAGCCUACGCCUAACGGAUGUAGAAUUCUGGGAUAAGGAGCUGGACAAAUUGACGAGGAUAUUCCUCUACAAUGGCUACCCAAGCGAAGUGAUACAAAGAAACAUACGGGCCGUGAAACCCAAUGGCAGAAUAGGAACUAUAAAAGAACAGUAA